AACUUUUUUCCUCUUUCUUAUUGUGGCUGAAGGGCUGAAUGUGUUAAUCGAAUCAGCUGUCAACAAAGAACUAUUCCAAGGAAUUCCUGUAGGCUCCGGAGAUCUGAACAUCUCACAUCUCCAAUUCGCUGAUGAUACUAUUAUAAUGGGGAAGGCAGAACCGGGCAAUAUUAAAGCAGUGAAAGGAAUUUUGAGAUGGUUUGAACUGAUCUCAGGCUUGAAGACUAACUUCAACAAAAGUGUCUUGUACUCAUGCUGUGUUUCGGAAGAAUGGAGGAGAAUGGCAGCAGCUAAUCUUAAUUGCAAAUCUGGAGAGUUUCCCUUCACUUACCUCGGGAUGCCAAUAGGUGACAGUAUGUGCAGACGAAAGCCUUGGAUUCCAGUUAUUGACAACUUUAAUAAAAAGCUGGCAGUCUGGAAAGCGAAAAGCCUAUCGAUUGGUGGCCGACUUACAUUGCUAAGGGAAAAGAAUGAAGAACAAAGAUUAAAGGAGGUCCUCAUGAGCGAGAUUGUGCUAUCAUCACAACCGGACCAAUGGAGCUGGAACGUAGAUGCAGCAAAUGGAUACUCAGUCGGCAAGGCAUACUCAAUGAUGGUUGGACAGAGUAGAAUUCUGGAGGCAAGAAUAUGCAAAAAGAUAUGGAACAAACUAAAUCCGACAAAAGUAAGCUGUUUUGGUUGGCGCCUUUUACUUAAUGGCCUUCCAACAAAAUCAAAUCUUCAAAAGAGGGGCAUUUUGCUUGAAGAAGAGGAGAGCAUCUGCAGCGUUUGUAGAAGGAAUGUUGAGGAUGAAAAUCACUUAUUUGCGCAAUGCAAUAAGAUCCAAGAGCUAUGGAUGAGAUGUUACAAAUGGUGGGGGAUUUCCAUCUCCCUCCCAAACUCUAUUUCUCUUCUUUGCGAAGCGCAUAGUCAAGGGAUAAAGAAAGUAGUUUCAGCUGACGUGUGGUUUUUCAUCUUCUUGGUGGUGACAUGGUCCAUAUGGUACACAAGAAACAAAAUCAUUCACAACUCAUAGCAAUGGGAAGAAGACAAAAUAUUUGAUUUAAUUCAAAGGAGGUCUUUUGCAUGGAUUAGGGGGAAAUUUGUAAACACUAUGUUCUCCUUUUUUAGUUGGUGUAAUUUCCCUAGCCUAUGUGUGCAAAAAAUCACUAAAAACUAGAUUUGUUGUUAAACAUUUAGCUUCGAUUUUUGAAUGUCCUCAUAGGUUAUCUUUUGUAAUGUCUCAUGGAGACUAAGAGUUGAGUACAUCUUGUACUCCUCAUCACAAUAAAAUAUUUGAUUCAUC